CACGUGGGCAGCGGGGUGGGAAACAAAGUGCCUGCCGGCGCCGCCGGCCCUGUUCUAGUAUGAAGUGUGGUUUUCCAUACAUUCAUACUGCCUCUUCCCAAAACAUCUGAGGUCGAGACUUGUGGUGAACCCCAACUCAUCCCCAAGCUGGUAAGACCACAAUGGACAGUGCUGAAUUUCAUGCAGCGGUCUAUCAUGUUGUACGACGGAUUCCUUACCAACGCGUCACUACCUAUGGACAUAUCGCCAAACUAAUCGGUAUGCCUAACUAUUCCCGACUCGUUGGCCAAGCUCUCAAAUUCCUCUCUCGUGACGUCGAACCUCUGGUACCAUGGCAAAGAGUCAUAUCUUCGGCCGAAACGAUAUCGUCGCGUGGGCCUGGAACAAAUGGUGCACAGAUACAACGAGAGGCUCUAGAGGCGGAAGGUGUGGAGGUGGUGGUUGGAAGGACGGGCGGGUUCAGGGUGGAUUUGGCGAGGUGGGGAUGGUUCCCUGCACCUGGUACGGUCGAAAUUGGAGUUCAACUUGCAUCGGAUGGCGCCCCUGGUACGACGGAUGGUGCCGGCGUGGACGAGACAUGAUUGAGUUACUGAGUCAUGAGCGUGUGAUCGUGCUUCCACGUGUUCCUCCCAUCCGCCGUAUGUGCGCUUUGCGGCCUUCAUCUCUGUAUAGUUGUCACCUUAGUUGUUCGACUUGAAGAAAUGCCCUGGGAUCCCAUUCGUCUAAAUUCUGGAUACUACAUCCCUGGUAUCGCGUUUGGGACGUGGACACUGGGCAACGGUCAAGCUACUAUCGACCAGGUCGACCAAGCGCUGGAGACAGGGUU